AAGCUAAGCAGGCUCAUCAUCUCCUCAGACUCUGACACACUGCAGCAGCUCUGAGGAUGAAGGAAAAGGCUCUGCUGGCACACAAAGGACUUGUGAUAUCAGUGUGAUUUUGUUUCACUUGCAACUGGAGACUAAAUGACACCAAGCAGAAUCUCCUGUUAGGUUAGAUUACAAGGACAUUUUCCGAGACACACGAAAACAUGCAGGCUUCAUCUUUUGUCUACUGUUUGCUGCUUGUCUCUCUGUGUAUUGAUUUUUCUCAAAAUGAACCUAGUGCAGUUCUUAGGAGGCAAAGGAGAAGAAUGCGCACUGGAGGAGUAGGGAAGGGCUCCACCGCCCAGCGCAGGUCCCUGAGACAGCCAAGGAUGAAGCUUCCAGCUCCGGUUGCUGUUGCACCCAGCAUACCUCUCAUUAAUAUCGAUGAUGGUGUUAUGGGAGUGUUUGACUCUCUCAUAGGUUUGGGUGGACAUGAAUCUAGUUAUAGUGUCUUACCAGGAAAAAAGGGGCAGUGCACAGCUAAUGGGAUGAUUAUGUUUGAUAAAGCUGUCUGGUCUCCCAAGCCCUGUGUGACUUGUCUCUGUUCAAAAGGAGAAGUAAUCUGUGAUACAGCCAUGUGCCACCCUCUGAAAUGCCCCAAAACUAUUAUACCUGCAGGAGAAUGCUGCCCAGUUUGUUCUGAUACUGAUUCUUCAUUGGACUCAAAUAUUAUUUCACUGGAUGACAUAACUGAGUUGUCUGGUGAUUCUCCAGCACCCAAUGACCUUGACAAUCCCAAUGUUCUGCCAUCGGCACAUACUCAAACUGAAAAAGAUGAACUGCUCAGAACAGAAGUGGUAGAGUUUAAAGAGAAAGAUGUUCAUAGGAAGGAUGAAAAGAAAAGAAGAAGGAAAGGCAAAAAAAAUCGACAGAAGUAUAAAGUGCAUCAGAAAGAUAAGAAGCCUAUCACAAGAAAGGAUGAAGAAAGAAGGCUAUCAUUUGAAGAGGAAGACCUACAACUUCAAAAAGAAGAAAUAAAGAAAAGGGAAGAAGUAAGAACAAGAGAGAGAGAUGCAGAGGAAGAACAGUAUGAAAGUGAUGAAGAUGAUGGUACUUUCGGAAUGCCAUCUCGUUUCCCCAUUCCUAUUCCACCUAUAGAGGCUCCUCCUUUGCCAUCUGGAUGUUCCACCUCGGAAUCCACAGUAAGCUGUAUUAAUGCCAAACUUACACAAAUACCACCCAUCACAGAUCCAGAUCUCACAAGUCUAGACCUUACAGGAAACAUUAUUACUACUAUCUCAGAUGAAGCAUUCAAUGGGAUACCUAAUUUGGAAUGGAUUGAUCUGAGUAAAAAUAAUAUUACCUCUUCUGGCAUAGGUCCACAUGCGUUCAAAAUCCUGAAAAAGCUCAAACGCUUGUAUUUGGACGGAAAUAUGCUGGUACAUAUUCCCUCUAGACUGCCAUCAACUUUGGAAGAAAUAAAAAUAAAUGACAACCAGCUCCAUGCCAUUGACGAAGAUGCCUUACAAGAUUUAAAGAACCUGGUCACCUUGGAAUUAGAGGGCAAUAAACUUAGUGAAGCAAAUGUCAGUCCUUUGGCCUUCUAUCCUUUGAAAAGUCUCUCUUAUUUGCGACUGGGAAGAAAUAAAUUUAGAAUUAUCCCACAAGGUCUUCCCACUACUCUUGAGGAGUUAUACCUCGAAAAUAAUCACAUUGAAGAAGUGUCAGAAAUUUGCUUUAACCAUACAAGAAACAUAAAUGUCAUUGUGCUAAAGCAUAAUAAAUUAGAAGAACACAGAAUAGCACCUUUGGCUUGGAUAAACCAAGAGAACUUGGAAUCAAUCGAUCUCUCCUAUAAUAAGUUGUAUCAUGUUCCUUCCUAUCUGCCAAAAUCCUUACUACACCUGGUACUUAUAGGAAAUCAGAUUGAAAGGAUUCCAGGAUAUGUCUUUGGUCAUAUGAAGCCAGGGCUGGAGUAUCUCUACCUGUCCUUCAACAAACUCACUGAUGAUGGAGUAGAUCCGGUAUCAUUUUUUGGAGCAUAUCACUCUCUGAGAGAGUUGUUUUUGGAUCACAAUGAAUUGAAGUCUGUACCUUUUGGAAUUGAAGAAAUGAGAAAAUUACGUUUUCUGAGACUGAACAAUAAUAAAAUAAGGACGGUCCCUCCUGAACGCAUCUGCAGGAGUCAUCCCGACGAUGUCAAUGACAACAGUGAAGAGGACGAGAAUGAAGAUUCACGUCUAGAACACGUUCAUCUUGAGAACAACUACAUCAACACAAGACAGCUAUCACCGCAUGCAUUUUCUUGCAUAAGAUCCUAUUGCAGUGUUGUUCUCAAACCACAGAAGAGUAAAUAAAUACCUAACUUUUGCAUUGCAAAACCUCUCUCUAGACAAACAGGUUUAUUUAUUCUCUGCUACCAAAAGGUCUGUCUAUUUCUGAUCUAAACCCUUUUUACUACUAUAAAUAAGAUAGAAGACAUUAUUUACCGUAGUAAGGUAUUGGUGCAUUUCUUAAUAUUGUUUCAUUAUACAAAAGGUUAAAUGUAAAAAUAGAAGCUCAAGACUGUCAUAAAUUUCUAUUUCCAUUUCUACUGACACAGCUUCUACUUCAAUAGGUGAUAUUGUGAGCUCAGACACACCCCCACAACAUCAGAUUUCAGAAGAAUCAUAGAAUAUACUGAGUGGGAAGGGACCCACAAGGAUCAGAGAGUCCACCCCUGGGUCUGCACCAUAUGCCUGAGAGCACUUUCAGAAGAGAAUAAUAUAGCUAAACACUCAACUUGUUCCAAUCUAAACUAAUGAAAUUUAAGCCAUUUUACAUGAUAGCAUUAGCUUUAAAAAUGAUACAAAUGAAAAUCCUUAAACUAUGAACAUUCAAGUAGUGCAAGGACUGAAUUUCUUAAAACAUACCUGGUACUGGAGAAAUUUCCUACACGGAUUUUUUUCUCUUCCACCUGACAUUUCAAGGAAAAAAUACUAAACCUUUGUUUUAGAGAGAUGACCCCAGUAUUCAAAUGCGGAAUUUGAUGAGUUAGAGGAAUUAGUUUCUGCCUGGAUUUUUUAAACAGCCUAUAAAUUAUUUUUAUUUUUAAGCAAGGAUGGUAGGUCCCAUUCACUUGUACAAUCCUUAGUUUAAUCAGAUUUUUAUACUGUACAGGAACAGGAUCAUGUUGCCUAUUUAUAUGACUAAUUAGAUUUCCUUGAAACUUUCAAACAUCUUUCAUAUUUAUUAAAUUCUACAGUACUUUCUUUAAAGAGUAGGCUUGUGAUAGGAAAUGAUUAGAGAUAACUGACAAGUCGUUAUUUUUCACACAAUUACUUUCCACUUGCUCUUGGGCUAUUCUGCGAGGAAUUAAAAACAAAUUACUCUGUUUUCUCCAGUACUAUAGGUAUGCUGCCUAAUCUUCUGAAUGGGUGAUCCUGAACAAAGGAUGAAAUGGCUUAAUAUAGGGACUGCCAUUUGAAAAGGCAUAUAAAAGCUGUAAGCAACUGCACACCAUAAAAACCUUCUAGGGAUACAUAUCAACUACUGAAUUGUAAUUUUCUUCCCUUCACUCUGGAAUUGAGGGUUUCAUGAUGCAUUUCCCAAACAUCCCAAUCUACUGCCAGCAAAUGUGCUAUAUAAUCAGCAUAAAUACAGCACUCACGACCAUUUAACAGUGAAGGUUCCUCUCCCCAUUUUAACAUACUAUAGACAAUAUAUACAAACACCUGGAUUCUGUUUUCUCUGAAGCUAUACAAUCAUGAUGAAAGCAAAAUUACCUUGUUCUAAGUUCUCUCUUAUAUAAUGUAUCUCUUGUAAGAAAAAAUCCUAAGAUAUGCGGACUUUUGUAAAAAGAUUGCUUUGGAUAUUUUGUUGGUCACAAGUCACGUGGUAAUGAUUUCUUUCUCCAGUAUGUGCUUUUUCACUUUUAAGAUAUCAUAAAAGUGAAUUUUAAGCAAGUCA